AUGAAAGAAAAGUAUGGCGCUGAAUCGGGCGCAGUUGACGGCAACUCCGCCCCGGAUCCGUCCGAGUCCAAUUCGGGAGCCGAAUCGGGCACAGUUGACGGUGACUCCGCCCCGGUCCCGUCCGAGUCCGAUCCGAAUACCGAAAACCGUCCUAUGCACUGUGUUGUAGGGGGCGCCCACGCUUUCAUAUUAAGGAUUUCCAGUUUCUUCGGUCUUGCACCUCUACGUUUCGAGUCUAGAAGCAAUGGAUUUUCAGUUGGUAUAUCAAGUGCGAUGUGCGUGUACAGUUACAUACUGGUGACUGUUUUAGUGAUAUCUACAAUAUUCGGUCUGGUAGCGGAGAUCAACGUGGGAGUGGAUCUGUCAGUGCGGAUGACGUCACGGAUGUCUCAGUUCGUGUCGACAUGCGACGUGCUGGUGGUCGUCAUCACCGCCGGCGCCGGGGUCUACGGUGCCCCCAAGCGGAUGCGUAACAUGCUGAAAUUCAUGGAAAGUGUCGCUUCUGUGGACACCAGCAUCGGUGCCCACUACUCGCUCGCCACUGAGAGGAAGCUCUGCGGCAUACUCAUUGCGAUCUUGCUUUUCUUUUCCGUUCUUAUCACUGAUGACUUCUUCUUCUAUGCGCUACAGGCCAAAAAAAAGAACAGACAAUGGGACGUAGUGACCAACUACAUCGGCUUCUACCUGUUAUGGUAUGUGGUCAUGAUCCUGGAGCUUCAGUUCGCGUUCACUGCGCUCUCGGUGCGCGCACGCUUCCAAGCUGUCAACGGAGCGCUUGCUUUAACCGCUAGGCAUAUAGCCGUCCCAUUGGAGAAAGUGCGAGACCCGACCCCGCUCAACAUCUUCGCUAUACGAGUGGCGGCAGAGUCUAGGCGGUGUGCUAACAACGUCAGUCUUCUGGUGGACACCAUGCCUGGGAGAGAACAUGCCGUUAUUAUACGAAACGCAGUAAGCGGUGAGCCAAAGCUGGUAGUGCCGCCAUGCGAGGCGAUCAGGCGCCUGGCCUGCUUGCACGGCUCCCUCUGCAGCGUGGUGCAGCGUAUCGGCAACAGCUACGGCCUGCCACUGAUAGUGAUCCUCAUAUCAACGCUGCUGCACUUGAUUGUGACGCCGUACUUCUUGAUUAUGGAGAUAAUCGUAUCAGCACAACGUAUACACUUCCUUGUGCUGCAGUUUAUGUGGUGUGUCACUCACAUCUUACGGAUGUUCGUGGUGGUGGAGCCCUGCCACUACACCAUCACCGAAGGGAAAAGAACUGAGGGGCUGGUUUGUCGCUUGAUGACGUCAACGCCAUCUACCGGCAUGCUGCCGUCGCGUCUGGAGCUGUUCUCGAGACAACUGAUGCUGCAAUCCGUCGGCUACACUCCAAUGGGAAUGUGUACCUUGGACCGACCGCUUGUAGCCUCUGUCCUGGGUGCAGUGACCACUUAUUUAGUAAUAUUGAUACAAUUUCAAAGAUUAUAGGACAGUAG